AUGUUCGACGGCAGAAGGGUCUUCUUCGUUCUCACCUUGGUUUUUACGACGGUCCACUGCCAAGUCACACAUCGCGAGGCUAUUGUACAUUUGGACUUGAAAGGUGCCCCACCACGACCUUCUUAUUUCAAGCAGCUACUUACUACAAUAGCUGAUGUAGGUGCAGAUGGAGUUUUGAUCGAAUGGGAGGACAUGUUCCCUUAUGAAGGAGCUCUUGGAGCGAUCAAGAAUGGCAAUGCUUAUUCAUACAACGAGGCUCUCGACAUCCUUCAACAUGCCGCAUCACUUGGACUAUCCGUUAUUCCACUCGUGCAAACAAUUGGACAUCUUGAAUGGAUACUUAAGACAAAAGAAUUUGCAGAUUUUCGCGAGAAUGCUAGCUACCCUAUGGUGGCUUGCAUCGGCGACGACAAUGUUUUGGAGCUCAUUCUGGAUUCUUUAAAUCAGGUGAUGUCUUUGCAUUCAAAAAUACGAAUGCCCUACAUCCAUAUUGGUGCCGAUGAAGUUUACAUGAUGGGACAAUGCGAAGCUGAUAAGAAGAUUUUGCCUAAAUAUGAUAAUGACAAAAAGCGACUAGUCUAUGAUUAUAUAAAAACAGUAGCUGAGAACAUUACCCAACAAUAUCCCAAAACACAGGUCCUUAUGUGGUAUGACGAGUUUAAAAACGCAAAUCAUACACUGAUUAGGGAAUAUGACCUGGAACAACUUGUAACACCUGUGGUAUGGAGAUAUACAGCAAAUCUAAAUGAGGAUCUUCCCAGAGGAAUGUGGGAGGAGCUUGCACGCUCAUUCUCUUCCGUAUGGGGAGGAAGCGCUUUCAAAGGUGCUGACGGACCUAAUCGUUACUGGAAUCGCAUGAAGCCAUACAUACAGAAUAACAAAGAAUGGUACCUCCAAUCAUUAGAACAUGGUGACCUUUUUACCAGGUUUCAAGGCUACUUCUUGACAGGCUGGCAAAGAUACGACCAUUUUGCAUCACUCUGUGAGUUGCUUCCCGUUUCGAUGGCCUCAUUAGCGAUAAAUCUCAAGCUUGUUAAGAACUUUGUGCUAUCAGACAUCGACUCUGAGAUUAUACUUAGGGCGUUCAAGUGCCCAUCGGAGACAACAAUAAAUCAGCUUAUAGGAGGCGAGGAUGCUUGUCGUUUUCCAGGGUACAAAGUCAGGGAUUCCAUUCGUGAUUUUAUGUCUAUUAAGCAACAAUACGACAACGCUACUUGGAUACAUAACAGGGAGUCAGCAUAUCUCCAACGAUCUCAUAUGCACCUUAAUGCUAGCAAUCCUUUCUACACCGACGCCAUAGGCAACUCAUAUAAGAAGUAUUUGGACCGGUUAGAUCAGAUAAUCGAUCGCCUGAGGACAUCAAUGGUGGACAUAUUCUAUGAGGAUGUGUUUUUGGAAUUCAUGACAGAUUAUGUUAAUCCAUUCUAUGAUGAUCUCAGAACGAGGUUUGCUAUAUUAGACCAAGGUUUUGCUCACAAAUUAACUUGA